GUGCUUACUCCGGUGAAGACGCAAUUCAUUCAACCUCUAAUUAUCUCAAAAUUUCGCGAAUAUUUCCAUAAAUCCGGCUACCCAUAGUGAAAGUGAUUAUCUGCAGACAAACAACAAAUCACGACGACAGUAACGACGACGAAAAAAAAGUAGUGACGACGCGUCUCCUGGCGACUUUGGAUGUCAACAAUAUGCUGGGUCAUCCGCAAAACGGCACAACGCCAAUUAUGGCGAACGGAAAGUCCGCAGAUAAAGUGCGCUUCAUCAAACCGAAUGUCUCAGAAGUGAGCGAUUUAAUGCCUUUGGAGUCAGAAGUCGAUCCGAGAAUUGAUGAUUUCGAGCCGCCGGAAUUUUUUCUCCGCAGUUACGGCGAAAAUGGGGAGUUGCACAAGGAAAUCGCGCUGAAAAAGUACAUGCCGGUGUAUGUGGGACGUGCAAUUGGGUGCAUUAUUGAUUUAUUGGAGCCUUCGAUCUCGCGACGACAUUGCGUGUUUCAGUACAAGGAGCUGUUAAUCGAUCAUAUGGGAAAUUCGGUGUCGGGUUACAUGUUGUAUGACUUGAAAAGCUCGCACGGCACCUUUUUGAACGACGAACGGAUCCCAAGUAUGGAAAAUAUCAAGUUGCAUCACGGCGAUCGCAUCAAAUUGGGACAAUGUACGACGAUUUUCACCUUUUUCGACUCGAAACACAACGAACGAGGCACAGAAAAGCCCCGAAAAGAGCCUCCGGAAGCGACAACGGUCGCCGUUCAAACCACGGAACCCGUUUCGCAGGCAUAUUCCGACGAAAUGGUCACACAACAGCCCUCGUCGACAAGUCAAACUGGCGAUGCGGAGCAAUUUUUGCAUGAUCCCGACCUACUUUCGACUACAUCAUGGCUCCAAAAGUACAUCAUGAUCCUGAACAAUCUCGCUGACUCGGCAAAGGAAUAUGAGGAAUACGGAGUGCCUGUCCCGAAUUUCGACAUGGAUUCAUUUUUGUCGAAACGUCUGAAGCUCGAACACACGAAACUCGUGCAACAAGCGCAAAUUGUCGCCGAACUGCUUGCUUUGAUCGGUUCCGAUGACCCACAGUUGGAAAUGCCGCCGCCCGAGGAGACCAUCAAACGACGUCGCAAACGAAAACCCAAAUUCACGGAUCUCGAAGCACCGCCGCCGAUCACCACGAAACGCGUUCGAAAACCAAAAAUCAUCGAAGAUGCCUCGGAAACACCUGUGGCGCCUGUCGCGGUGAAAAAACGACGCAAACGCCGCACAAAAGCGGAAAUUUUGGCCGACAUGUAUCGCAGUAGUCAAGAAUCAACGCAACUUAUGGAAGAUAUUGAUCCGCUCGCUAUCACAAAAUCCGAGCCAAUUAAUCAAGAAGCACCGUCUCGCAAACGAAGACGCCAGAACAAAGUCAAAAACGACGAACAAGGACCAGUAGCAAUCUUGCCAGUAAUCAAAAAAGAGAGAAAAAAGCCUGGAAGGAAACCAAAACUCACGUCAAUUCCACAAAAUGAACAGCAAUUAAUCGAAAAUCCGCAAGAAUUUCAAAAAACGCCUCCCACGAGGAAGAAAAAAAUGGGACGUCCUGCGAGAAAAUUUUUUGAACCUCAAUUUAAUUCGACGCAACAAAUUGCCCCAACAGAACCAAUUUUUUUCAAUGAACCCGAAAAUUUUCUCGCCUCACCGAUAAUCGCGUCACAAACGCAGCAGCAACAAGUGCUCGUGGAGCAGCAACAACAACAAGCGCCGCCCAGCGGCAAUCCUUACAAGACAAUUGUGAAAAAUCAACCGCGCAUCUUGCUACAAAAGAUAUUGUAGGAUACUUAAAAAGUAACGAAACUUAAUUUUUUUUUAUUAUUGGAGACCAUGACUUACUCAUUUUAGACUUUUUAUCAAGUAUUAGAUGUAUUUUUCAUUUUUUUUUGUUUUGAGAGACCGCGAGUGUGAAAUUCCUUCUUAGACGAUAGAUAGAUAGUACUUAGGAUAAAUUUAAAUAAAUGUAAAGAAAUAUAUAAAAUAUAUUUAUAAAUGAUAAGACGAUCGUAGAUAAAUGAAAAAAGAGAGAGAUAAUAUUCCGUUGAAUAAAGAUGAAGAUAUUUGAAGUU